AUGAAAUCCCCAAAAUCAUCAUCUAGAAAACGAACCAAUAGAACACCUAAAAUCACACAACCUAAACCAUUAAAGGUGGUUCACCCAUCCCAACAAAUUGCAGCACCUGAGCCAUCAUCUCAAGAACAGCCGGGUACACCUAGUGUUUCAAGGAUGCAUGUGGGUAGCAAAAGACCCAUUGACUCUACCAUGAACAAAUCACUAUCAAAAUCAGCCAAGAGGGCAAAGAUUGCAGUUCCUAACAGUGCAGAAGAGAUAUCUAAAAAAAUGAUCGAAUCACUAAUGGCUGAAUAUUGUUGUAAUCCCAUAUACCCUGAUUUGAUGCGUGAGUUUAUUUUAAAAUUUUCAAUUGAUAAUGUUGUUUGUACUAGUAAAGUCAAGGAGGUAAAAAUCGAGUUCAAUAGUUUGACGUUGGGGUAUGGAGGCUUGUUGUCUUGGAUUUUUAGAAAAUUUGGUGUUCCUCUUGAAGGUUUAAACUUUCCUAUGGGUCCUAACAACAAAAUUGGUGCAAAGUGUUUGAAUAACUUGCACUUGAAAUUAUAUGAAAAUGGGAUCCUAGAAAAUGUUACUGAACAGAUUGAUGACCAUUUUGACAAAGAAGAGGAAAUCAAUAAAGCUGAUGAAGAAAAUAAGGAACAGGAGGAGGAGGUAAUUGAAAAGGAGGAACAGGAGCCUGUUCCCUCUACCAAUGAGAAGGCAGAAGGAUGUUCUGAAAGAGAACAUGAGGAAGUACCUAGUAAGGGGGAAACUGUGAAAGAAGAUGAAGCUGUGGAGAAGGACAAAGAGGAAAAUGAUGUUCGUAAUGAGGAGGUCUCAGUGCCUGUUGAGAAGCAGCCUAGUUCAACACCUAGGAAGAGUAGAAGGCUGACUUCUAAAGGCAAAAGACCGGUUGUGAUUCUUGAUGAUGACUCUACCUCUUACAAAACUGCUGAAACAAGCAAUCCUUCCUCACCAAAGCCAACCACACCAUUAUCCCAUCAUUUUCCAUCACCACCACAAUCACCUAUACCAUCUUCACCCCUACCAAUUCCCACUCACACCUCACCAAACCAUGGCUUUGACCAUACUACUGUUCCCACAGCCCCUUUAUUUUCUAUUCUCCUGAAGCUUAAUGACUUGUAA